AGGCCUGAAAUGAGCCGCAAGGGGCGUGGCCAGGGGCGGAGCCCGGCAGGAAGCGAGGAAGGGAGGCUUCCCUUCCUGCCUGCCUGCCUUCAGAGAGCCAUGAAGAGCCCCAGAGAAGAGGAGGAGGAGGAGGAUGAAGAAGAAGAGGAAGAAGAGGAGGAAGAAGAAGAGGCCCAGACCCCGCCCUCAGUGGGAAUAGUGCAGCUGAACGUUCCAGUCCUCCAGCAGCUCUAUCACUGGGACUGCGGCCUGGCCUGCUCCAGGAUGGUCCUCAAGUACCUGAACCUCCUUGAUGACGCCGAGUUCCAGAGGGCUGUCCAGGAGCUUGGUUUGACCAAGAGCAUCUGGACCAUCGACCUGGCUUACCUCAUGCGCCACUUUGGGGUCCGGCACCGCUUCUGCACCCAGACCCUUGGGGUGGACAAGGGCUACAAGAACCAGUCCUUCUAUAGGAAGCACUUCGACACAGAGGAGAACCGCGUCAACCAGCUUUUUCUUCAGGCCAAAACCUUCAAAGUGCUGGUGGAAAAAUGCACGGUGACUAUGGGGGAAAUUGAGGCACACCUCUCUGGGGGCCACACAGCCAUAGUGCUGGUGAAUGCGGUGCUGCUGGCAUGCGAUGUGUGCUCUGGGCCCGUCAAGUUCUGCUGCUUCCUACCCAUUGGGCAAAAGUGCUUCUGUCGCCGCCCCGACUACCAGGGCCACUUCGUUGUCCUCUGCGGCUACAACAAGGCCUCUGGGAGCCUCUACUACAACAACCCCGCCUACGCUGACCGGACAUGCUGCACCAGUGUGGGCAACUUUGAGGAGGCCCGGACCAGCUAUGGAACAGACGAGGAUAUCCUUUUCGUCUACAGAGGCAGCUGACACAACGCCCCUCCACUUUGCCCCGUUUCUGGUGCUUUCUCUUCUCAGGACGCUCCUCGCACUCAUCUUUCCCUCGUGCAACACCAGGAUCCACAAAACAAGGAAGGCUUAGAAACAACAUACAUUGCUUUUAGAAAAAGAAGCAAGAAUCGUACCACUGUCUUGAACGCCCAGAUUGAUCAAUAGAUAGAUAGACUCAUUAAAAUGGGAUCAGCACUCCAUCGGAAUGUUCCAGAAACACAUUUCCCGCCAAAAAUGAGGAGAAAGAUGAGGUUCUGAGUGUGAAUGUUUGUGAAAAAAAUGGGAAAAUGUUAUUAUUUUUGUGUGAAAAUUUUGGGACAAAUUGAUUGAUGAGAGAAUAUUGCUUUUUUAGAAAUUAAAUCAAUUUAUUUAGAAAAUUAUCUGAUUGCUUUUAUGAUAUUGUUCAAAAUCAAGUCUUCAAAAUGAAUCGAUCAAUUAGAGAGUUAUCCUAUUGCUUUUUUUGUAGCAUCACACACACAUUUUGCAGCUCCACCGAAUGGCGAUUUUAGCUCCAUAGAAUUGCAAAUUAUUUUAUAUUAUAUUAUUUUUAUUCAACGGGCAAUGAAUUCACUUGCUUGCAUACAAUGUCAGGAAUAUUUUGUAAACUGUUGACAAAUGAAAGUCACUGAAUUGAUUUUUGGAGGUAAAAACCUGAAUUAAUUUUCAAAGGAAAAAAUGAAUUAAUUUCCAAAGCGAAACAAAUCUCAAUUAAUCUGAAUUUCUGAAGGAAAAUAAAAUUUCGAAGGAAAAAAAUGAAUUAAUUUGAAGGAAAUUGUCUGAAUUAAUUUUUGAAGGAAAAAAUUUAUUUUCGAAGGAACCUGUCCGAAUUAGGAAACUGUUGGCAUUAAUUUAUUAAUGUAUCUUAUAGUGGAGAUAGUUGAUCCAAACGAUUGGAGAAGUUCUUCCAUUGAGAAUAAAAAUGAAUGAAUAUUGUUCCAUUUGGAGAAAUAAUAUUUUCUCGAUAAUUGAUAACUUUAAUAUUAACAAUAAAACAUUAUUCUGUUUGUUUAAAAGAAGUGUGAAAUUUGGUAUGAAUGGAAGCCGUUCUUUCAUUAUUAUUAUUAUUUGUGGAGGAAAAAAACAUCCUGAAGCCAUAACGAUCCUGUUUUCAAUGGAAUAUUCCGGAAGAAACGGGAAAAAGGGAUUAUUUUACAAGCAGACAACAUUUUAUACAGAGGAGAAAAUAUAUAUUUUGUUUGUUAAGUCGCUGUUGAUAAUAAUGAAAAAAUAAUAAAAGGUUUUAAGUUGUUUUUAAUGCAA